CCAACCUGUGCCAGAAGCUGAGCUGCAGACAAGUAGGCUGUUCUGUGUGUUCAGAAAGAACCACCCCAUGUACCCGAUGCUGGUGCUGCUGGGCCUCGCUGCCCUUCUGGGUGCCUCUGAGGGCCGCACAGAUUGCUAUGGCAGUGUGAAUGGAAUUAAAACCUCUGGGGCUUCAUGUGCAACUGCAAAGCCAGAGGGUUUAUCUUACUGUGGAUAUAGGGCAUCAGAAAAGAUCGCUGAACGGGACCUAAAAGCUAUGGAUCGGUAUAAAACAAUAAUUAAAAGAGUUGGUGAAAAGCUGUGUGUUGAACCAGCCCUGAUCGCUGGCAUCAUCUCCCGGGAAUCUCACGCUGGCAAAGUGCUGCAGAAUGGCUGGGGUGACAAUGGAAAUGGAUUUGGUUUAAUGCAGGUUGACAAAAGAUUCCACAAACCUGAGGGGAGUUGGAACAGUGAAACUCAUAUUACCCAGGGCACAAAUAUACUUAUCACAAUGAUAAAAACAAUACAGGGGAAAUUCCCACGCUGGACAAAGGAUCAACAGCUGAAAGGUGGGGUUUCUGCCUACAACGCUGGUGCAGGCAAUGUCCAAAGCUAUGACAAAAUGGACAUAGGCACCACCCACAAUGACUACUCCAACGAUGUGGUUGCACGAGCCCAGUAUUACAAGAAGCACGGAUACUAGGACUAGUAAUCUCUACUGAGUAACUUCCUUACCAUCACUUGCAUGAAACCCCCGAGGGAGACAAACCACAGAGCAGCUGCGUCCUGCAAAGCCAUGGAGGUGCAAAUGUAGA